AUGACAUCUAGAAAAAGGUCUCCGCACGAUUUCAUUUUUAAAGAGGAGCUGGGCCAUGGCUCUUACUCCACUGUAUUCAAGGCUGUUGAUAAGAGAAGUCCGAACAAGAUCUACGCCAUCAAGGUAUGUUCGAAGAAGCACAUAAUAAAAGAAGCCAAGGUUAAAUAUGUGACUAUUGAGAAGAAUACCAUGAAUUUGCUAGCGCAGAAGCAUCAUCCGGGCAUAAUAAAGUUGUAUUACACUUUCCAUGAUGAAGAAAAUCUGUAUUUUGUACUAGAUUUUGCUCCAGGGGGAGAGCUACUUUCUUUGCUACAUAGGAUGGGCACGUUCAAUGAAUUAUGGACACGACAUUUCACCGUACAGUUGGUUGACGCAUUAGAAUUCAUCCAUUCCCACGGUAUCAUCCAUAGAGAUUUAAAACCGGAAAAUGUUCUUUUAGAUAAGGACGGUAGGCUAAUGAUCACUGAUUUCGGUGCUGCCUCUACCAUAGACUCUAGUCUGAGCGAUAACUCAACCCGAUGCAAUUCCGACAGUAACAGUGUAAACGACAACCAAAGUUGUGCUUCGUUUGUCGGAACCGCUGAGUACGUGUCUCCGGAACUGCUUCUUUAUAACCAAUGUGGUUAUUGCUCGGAUAUAUGGGCUCUAGGCUGCAUGAUAUAUCAGUUCCUUCAAGGACAGCCACCUUUCAGAGGGGACAAUGAGUUGAAAACCUUCGAAAAAAUUGUGGCUUUAGAUUAUCCUUGGGGCCCCAACAAACGUCUCAAUAACACUACUUCGCCGAUCAAUCCACUCGCAAUAAACUUGGUACGGAAAAUUUUAGUGGUAGAGGUUAAUGAAAGAAUCUCUCUCUCGGUGAUAAAGAAACACCCGUAUUUUGCUAAAAUAGACUGGAAUGACAAAGUCAAGAUAUGGAGGGGAAUUUGGCAAAACCCACAGGGACAACUAAUACAACAGUCUACUGGAGUACCCUCUAGUUCACCACAACAUGUGCUACCCAUCCGGCAACUGCAUGUGAUUGACACCCCAGCAAGAAAUAUACAGAUCACUAAACAAAAACGUAAGAAACCGACAAAAAUUUCCAGCACCACUAGCAGUAUAGUAGUAUGGAGAAAAAGGCUUGGUAUAUCCACAGGCAAGGAUGAUUUGGGUACCGUCCCAUCCACUGCUCCCACAAUUAUUGUCCCUAAUGACAGCAAAAUUUCAACCGCUACAGUGACACAUUUGAGCUCGAAUUCUGCUCCACCGACAAGUUCCCAACCCAUUCAAGCUCAAACGAAAAGAACGCAACCUACUGCUCCUAAUAGAAUACCCCCCAAAGUUCUAAUAAACAGUGCUAAUAUAAAAAAUAAGCCAACUCCGCGACAGAAGGCUAUUGUACCAACACCAUUAACACCACCAACACAACCAACACMACCAACACAACCAACACAACCAACACAACCAACACAACCAACACAACCAACACAACCAACACAACCAMCACAACCAACACAACCAACACAACCAAYACAACCAACACAACCAACACAACCAACACAACCAGCUCCUCUAGCGCCGCCGUCUGUUCCGUCUGUUUCGUCUGUUCCGUCUGCACCUCUGGCACCACCAUCAACACAAUCAUCAUUAUCGGCACCAUCGGCACCAUCAUCGAUACAGUCAUCAUUACCAGCACCAUCGGCACUAUCAACGCAGACAAAGCAACAGGAUAUGGUACCAACUCUAGAUGUGAAAAAUACGAUCGAUCCCUCUACUCUCAAACAAGACUAUGUCUUUAUAUAUGGAAUUCCAUAUGAAGCCGAAGGGCCUGCCAUGUCCUUGAAUAGCUAUAAUAAAAUUGAUAACGAUUUGAUAACGUCGCUAGUUACACAGUAUAAAGAAGAAUUAAAAAGCUCUAAGAUGUUUUUACAGUUGUUGACUUUGAAAAAAAAUGGAAUCUUGAGCUACAGGAACGCAGGUCAAGAAGAUCGCGAUAAUCAAGGCAAUAUGGACCACCAAAUGGCUAAUAUUGAGGAUACGGAUUUAUCCAUGUAUGAUUUUGAAUUCAAUGAAUUGUCGAGAAAAGGGUUUUUAAUCUUAGAAAAAUACAAGAAUAAGCUAUGGUUUAUCUCACUGCCCUCAUAUUCAAUAUUGUCUAAAAUACCAUUUAAUGCUGAGAAAUCCUUGACAAUAAAUGACAAUGAAAAUUGGGUUGAUUGCUUCUUUAGAGCAAGACAGCUCCUAGAGGAAAAGCAAAUUCUUGAUAAAAUUAGUAAUGUUUCCUUUGACAGCAAAGUGUCUAACGAAACGACAUCGCCUCCGCCAACAUCUAAAAAGGAUCACACACCAAGCAUAAGCAAUGGUGUAACACCGCCUGCCUACGAUAUAAAAUACGGAAGCCAGAACAAUGUACAACAAAAUAAUAACGUAAAGCAAGAAGCGCUUUCCCACAUAGCCACUACUGGCAAAGACAAGCCCAGUGUAAAUUCAGCUUCCGCCAUUACUCACCCAAGGGUUUUGUCAGGCAAUAGCACCAAUAAAAGCACAAGAAAAACAAUCGCAGGAUCGCCAAAGAGUGCUCCUUCUGCUAAUGCAUAUAGCAAUACUACAACUCCAAUAUCGGGCAACCGGUCUACUAAUGUAACAAAUAAUAGACACGUUCCUUUACUAUCUAAGAGACAGAACCUGCCUACAUAUUCCAAUUCAUCUCCUACAGUCAGGUCUCAAAUCAAAUCAGCGGGUCAACGACAACCAACGCCUUCGCCGCCACUUUCACCCAUGGAAUAUUCAGCCGUGAAAGAGAAAUAUUCAGCACCUUCCAACAUGGUGAUUAGUAGCAGUAGGUACGAGGUUCUGCAUACUCUUAAUAACAGCCAAACAAAUUUUGAUAGGGAGAUAGCUAGUAGAGGUGCAUCGGCUGCAUUUAAAAGUUUACAAAAGAAUAAGAAGAAAAAUUAG